UAGUCCAGAGUUUAGGUCAACCACCAGUCAAGCAAGGUAUCCAUCUCCAAAUCUAGGAAGAUAAAAGCGUUACGAAAAGGGUAAAUCGGAGUCGAUGAUAAUUCCAACAUUACCAAGAAAUCAAGCCAAACAAAAACGAAAAACUAAAAUCCUAAAAGAAAUAACCUUUAUUAAAAUAUGAUCAAGUAGUAAUCUUAGGUCUUACCUCGCAAACCAAUGAGGGUUACUGUGCCCGUAAGGUAUGUGACGCAGUGGGUUUGAUCUUAAAUAAACUCUUGGAAGUUGUUAUAAAAUAUCCUUUCGGGAAAAAUUACGGUUUUCAACAAGAGCAGACUAUCACCAAAUUUAAAAUGUAAUUGAACUACUUUGAUCCCAUAUAAAGGGUUAAAUUUCCAAAAAUUCUAAAGACAAAUGCGGUUACAAUUAAAACCUCCAACCAACUAAAAACGUUCUAGAAUCUUUUUUUGAGCGCCAAAACCUCACAUGGAAUGCUCAAGUAAAUAAAACCCAAAUGACAGAACAAACAUCAAAUGGGAUGAAUUCCUGGCAGAAAAAUGAAAAACGGUAUAACGGCGACGUCCACAAUCGGCCUUAGGUUGGGACCCAUCAGUCAAAUGUGUCUUCGACCGUCAAUCCUAAACAACCCACGGUUUCCAUGCGGAAAAUAGCAAAGAAAAAGAAGUCGCUUUACUUGGAUGGAAACAAAAGAACACAGACCAAAUGAUGUUUUCAAGGAUUCAAGAGAUCAACAAAUAUCCACAGUAUUAAAGGUGGUCUUCCAAUUGAUCUCUCAGACCAGAAAUGUUCAAAGAGCAAGAUUAGAAAAUCAAUUAAUAGCAAUAAUCAGAUCUAAAGAAGUAAAGAAAAGGAAGGACAAGGCAUACAAAAUAUAUGUAAGAAAAAUCACGGGAGCAGGAUGUAGCAUGGUCUGUUUCUGAUUACUAAUAAACAACAGAUUAAUACUUCUUAGAUAGGGUUCUCCCAUGAGAGCCAAUAGGAAACUGAACGUCGAUUGACUGUUACGCCCUCUGAAUGUCAAGGAGUAGUACUAACCGGAAGUGAAAAUGGGCUUGUGACGUGAUAAUAGCGGGUGCACUGCAAAUAAAAAACAGCGAAGAGAAGGACCACGGUAAAUACGAGUGCGUCGCAGAGAACUCAAUAGGAACCGACUACUCUAAGUUUGCAUUACUUUACGUUAAAGUUCGUCGAGUUCCUCCCUCAUUUUCGAGACCUCCACCGCCCCUAAGUGAAGUAAAGCUAGGAGACGACCUGAACUUGACAUGCGUGGCGGUAGGUUCUCCUAUGCCCUUUGUUAAGUGGAGAAAAGGAGCUACGGAAGAACUAACUCCUGAAGAUAAGCUGCCCAUUGGAAAGAACACUUUGGAGCUGACGAAAAUUGAAGCUUCUGCUAAUUAUACGUGUAUCGCUGCCAGCGCCUUGGGCAUUGUUGAGACUGUUGCACAAGUUAAAGUACAAUCAUUACCGGGACCACCAACAAACGUCAGGGUAACAGAAAUCACCGCCACCUCAGUAAGACUAUCCUGGUCCUACAAUGGGCCAGAAGAUCUUCAGUACUACGUUAUUCAAUUUAAACCAAAAUAUGCCAAUCAAGCCUACAGUGAAAUUAGCGGGAUUAUCACCAUGUACUACUCUGUGAGAAAUUUAAGCCCUUACACCGAGUAUGAAAUGUAUGUAAUUGCUGUAAAUAAUAUUGGAAGAGGGCCUCCUAGUGCACCUGCGGUUGUCACUACAGGUGAAACGGAGCCCGGAAGUGCUCCCAGGAAUAUCCAAGUACGACCGUUAAGUUCCAGUACGAUGGUCAUACAGUGGGACGAACCAGAAACUCCUAAUGGACAAGUUACUGGCUACAAAGUAUUUUACACCACAAAUUCACAACUGCCUAUAGCCCAAUGGGAUUCCCAGGUUGUAGACAACAAUCAACUGACAACAAUCAGCGAGCUCACACCUCAUACCAUUUACACCAUUAAAGUUCAAGCCUUUACGUCUGUUGGACCUGGACCAUUAAGUUUGCCUUAUCACGUUAAAACACAACAGGGCGUUCCAAGUCAACCGAGUAAUCUCCGAGCAUCAGACAUCGGCGAGAGCUCAGUAACACUUCAAUGGAGUAAACCCACCCACUCUGGAGAGAGUAUAGUGAGCUACGAGUUGUACUGGAACGAUACCUAUGCCAAAGAAAAACACCACCGUAGAAUACCGAUUUCCGAAUCGUACGUUUUAAAUGGACUGUACCCGAACACGCUGUACUACGUAUGGUUGGCGGCGAGGUCUCAAAGAGGUGAGGGGGCUACCACUACCCCCAUACCCGUGAGAACGAAGCAGUAUGUACCGGGUGCUCCACCAAGCAACGUACGUGGGGAGCCGGUAAAACCGACGGCAAUCCGGGUGUGGUGGGAUCCGCCCCCUGCCAAUAGAAGCAAUGGAAACAUAAUUUACUACAAGCUGUUUUUUGUGGAGGCCGAUCGGUCAGAUAGUGAGGCGACCAUUAUCAAAAUUGCAAACGUAACGGAGUUCGAGCUCGACGAAUUGAAACGAUGGACGACUUAUCGCAUUUGGGUGCUGGCAGGCACCUCGGUUGGUGAUGGACCCGCCUCCUAUCCUAUCACUGUUCAGACUUUAGAAGAUGUGCCUGGUGAUCCGCAAGACGUCAAAGUUACACCUAUUAACUCUACAACCAUCAAAGUCAAUUGGAAACCACCACAAAUUAGAGAUAGAAAUGGCAUUAUUUUGGGUUAUCAUGUACAUGUUCAAGAAACUAAAGAAGAGAGUAAAAGUUUUCUGAAUGAACCUAUGAGAUUUAAUGUUAUCGGAGACCAGACUUUGGAAUUGAACAUAUCCAGUCUACAACCCGAUACUACUUACCAGGUUCAAGUAGCUGCACUUACCAGGAAAGGAGAUGGUGAUAGGAGUGCUCCAAUAAUUGUCCGAACUCCUGGUGGUGUUCCCAAUAGGCCCGCUUUAACCUUGAAAACCAUUGAACGAGAACCAGCAGUCACCGUUGAACUAGAAUGGUCUAGACCAAGUCAGACUUUUGGAGAAUUGAAGGGAUACCGGGUCAGAUAUGGAGUUAAAGAUCAACCUCUUAAAGAAGUUUCUGUAAAAGGUUCUACAACAAACUAUCGCAUAAACGACUUAGAACGAGGAGUAGAGUAUGAAUUUCGAGUUGCUGGUCAAAAUCAUAUAGGAAUCGGUCAGGAAUCUAUAAAAUACAUGUUGACUCCCGAAGGUUCACCUACAGGACCUCCCACCAAUAUCACUUAUAGGUUCCAGACACCAGAUGUCGUUUGCGUCACAUGGGACCCACCUACUAGAGAACAUCGAAACGGUAGAAUCAUCAAGUAUGACAUCGAGUUUCACAAGAAAUUCGACCAUAAUAAUGUAAUCUUUCGAAACGUUACUAAGACCAAGGCAGUGUUUACUAAUUUAGAAGAAAACACUGAGUAUGUAUUUCACGUGAAGGCUUACACCAAUCAGGGAGCAGGUCCUAACAGCGAAAAACAAACAAUUCAAACUGACAAGGAUAUUGGUAGGGCACCUAUGAACGUCAAGGCAGUGGCAACGUCAGAAUCUAGCGUGGAAGUCUGGUGGGAACCGGUUCCAUCCAGAAACAAAAUUAUUGGUUAUCAAAUUUUUUACACCAUGACUGCUGUUGAAGAUUUAGAUGAAUGGCAGCAAAAGUCUGUCGGGCUUACUAAUUCUGCCGACUUGGUCAAUUUGGAAAAGUAUGCUCAGUAUGCUAUAGCUGUUGCAGCUAGAACGAGAAAUGGCUUAGGAAGGCUAUCAGAGAAAGAUACUGUUAAGGUUAAGCCUGAGGACGUACCAUUGAACCUUAGAGCACAUGAAGUUACUACUCACUCUAUGACUUUAUCAUGGUCUCCGCCAAUUAGACUUAAUCCUAUUAAGUACAAGAUUUCUUUUGAUGCCAUAAAGGAGUUUGUAGACUCACAAGGUAUUACGCAGACUCAGAGUAUCCCUCGGGUGGAGAUUGUUUUAAGCGAUGAUGUUAAGUCUCACACAAUAAACGAAUUAUCUCCGUUCACUACAUAUAAUGUAAAUGUUAGCGCUAUUCCCAGCGACAACUCCUAUCGUCCUCCCACUAAGAUAACAGUCACUACUCAAAUGGCCGCUCCCCAACCAAUGGUUAAGCCAGAUUUCUAUGGUGUUGUUAAUAAUGAGAUUCAUGUUAUUUUACCUCAAGCGUCUGAGGAAUAUGGACCUAUAAGCCAUUAUUUCUUGGUCGUCGUACCUGAAGAUGAAUCUACGAUCCAUAAAAACCCUGACCAAUUUUUAACUGAAGAUUUACUAAAUAAUGUUAGAAAAGUGGUGGAUGAUCCCACGUUACCAUACAUCGCUGCCAAGUUUCCUCAGAGAAGUAUACCAUAUACUUUCCAUUUAGGGACUGGAGAAGAGAAAGAAGGGUUGACCAAUUACAAGUUGAAACAUGGAAAGAGAUAUAGGAUUUUUGUCAGAGCGGUUGUGGACACGCCUCAAAAACAUCUGUAUACUAGCAGCCCAUUUUCUGAAUUUCUUUCCUUGGAUAUGCGGCCUCCCCCACCUGGAGAACCACCCAUUAGACCCAAUCCGAAUGCUCCUACAGAUAACGAUGUUAAAGUAAGCUCACAACGAAAGGAAACCACCUAUUUGUGGGUUAUUGGACCAGUUAUUGCUGCUGUACUUCUGUGCUCCAUUUUGGUGAUUUUGUUUAUUCUCCGAAGACGAAGACAACCAUGCAAGGCACCAGACCAAGCGGCUGUGACUAAACCUUUAAUACCGGCUGAUUUAAACAGCAGUAUAGCCCCAAGCGAUCCAGUGGAGCAAAGAAGAUUAAACUUCCAAACUCCAGCGAUGAUCUCGCAUCCUCCUAUUCCCGUUUCAGAACUGGCUAAUCACAUCGACAGGCUGAAAGCCAAUGACAAUCUAAAGUUCUCACAGGAGUACGAGAGCAUUGAACCAGGGCAGACCUUUACUUGGGAGUUUUCGAAUAUGGACGUAAAUAAACCAAAAAAUAGAUACGCCAAUGUAAUAUCAUACGACCAUAGCAGAGUAAUUCUACCGACAGAAGAUGGCCGAAGAGGUACCGACUACAUUAAUGCUAACUAUUGCGAUGGAUAUCGGAAACAUAACGCAUACGUGGCAACCCAAGGCCCUCUACCAGAAACCUUCGGCGACUUUUGGCGCAUGUGCUGGGAACUUAAGUCGGCUACCAUCGUAAUGAUGACCAAAUUAGAAGAAAGAACUAGAAUUAAGUGCGACCAGUACUGGCCAUCUCGGGGAACUGAAAUUUACGGUUCUAUGUCGGUCAGCAUUUCGGACAUCCAGGAACUGGCUACGUAUUGCAUAAGGACCUUCACAAUUCAGAAGGAGGGAUACACAGAUGGAAGGGAAGUCAAGCAGCUUCAGUUUACCGCGUGGCCAGACCAUGGGGUUCCGGACCAUCCCGCCCCAUUUUUACAGUUUUUGAGGAGAGUGAAGAGUUUGAAUCCGCCAGAUGCUGGUCCUAUUAUUGUGCAUUGUUCAGCUGGUGUCGGAAGAACUGGUUGUUUCAUUGUCAUUGACUCCAUGUUGGAAAGAAUGAGACAUGAGAAAACCGUUGAUAUAUAUGGCCACGUAACUUGCCUUCGUGCCCAGAGGAAUUACAUGGUGCAAACUGAAGACCAGUACAUAUUUAUUCAUGAUUCUUUGUUGGAGGCAUAUAUUUGUGGUGCUACUGAGGUGCCAGCCAGGAAUCUACACUCUCAUAUCCAGAAACUGAUGCAAUUGGAGCCAGGAGAAAAUAUUACCGGCAUGGAACACGAAUUUAAGAAGUUAAGCAACAUAAAGACUGAUUCUUCACGUUUUGUUACUGCAAAUUUACCAUGCAAUAAGCACAAAAAUAGAUUAGUACAUAUCUUACCAUAUGAAAGCACGCGGGUUUGCCUGCAACCAGUCAGAAAUAUAGAAGGCUCGGAUUAUAUUAAUGCCAGUUUUAUCGACGGAUACCGAUACCGUAAGGCUUACAUUGCAACUCAAGGUCCAAUGCAAGAUACUACAGAUGAUUUGUGGCGUAUGCUAUGGGAGCACAACUCCACCAUUAUCGUUAUGUUGACUAAACUUAGGGAAAUGGGAAGAGAUAAGUGUCAUCAAUAUUGGCCCAGCGACCGCUCAGUCCGCUACGGUUGCUACGUGGUAGAUCCGAUCGCGGAAUACAAUAUGCCUCAGUAUAUAUUGCGCGAAUUCAAAGUGACCGACGCACGUGACGGAUCGUCACGUACAAUGCGUCAAUUCCAGUUCACCGAUUGGCCGGAGCAGGGCGUACCGAAAUCCGGAGAUGGAUUCAUCGAUUUUAUUGGUCAGGUGCACAAGACUAAGGAACAGUUUGGACAGGAUGGACCGAUUACAGUUCAUUGCAGUGCUGGAGUUGGCCGCACCGGAGUAUUUAUAACUCUAAGUAUCGUUUUGGAACGAAUGCAGUACGAAGGCGUAGUUGACGUAUUCCAGACUGCCAGGAUAUUGAGAACUCAGCGACCUGCUAUGGUACAAACUGAGGAUCAGUACCAAUUUUGUUACCGGGCAGCUCUAGAAUACUUAGGAUCCUUCGAUCACUACGCAAAUUAGACCUAUAGGAUAUAAUUAAUUAUCUUCUUAAUUUCUUAUACAACAGAAGACGACAAUAACUGCCCUCUUGUCUAUUUAAGAGCCUCUUCUGUUAGAUUUCUGAUACCUUUAGACCAAAUAUUUAUUAUGAAAUUGGAAAAUGUAUUUACCUAAUUGGUCCCAAAAUUCUAAUAUAUGGUCUAUUGGUACGAAUACAGCGCAAUCCGUAAACUAAUAUUAUUGUAAAUUUAAGCAAACUGAAUGAAGUCACUGAUAUUAUUACAUGAUUAACUAAAUAAUAAAAAAAAGGAAAAUAGUGUGAACAUGUGUGAAAUAUGUGCCUAACAUGGGAAAGAAUAUAUGAAAAAUAAAAAAAAAUGUAUAAUAGUAAAAUGCCUCCGGUGUGCACAACAAUUAGUUAAUGUGUAAUAUUUUAGUAUUUUGUAUUUAAUGGGCAAUGAUUUUUUGGUUGGUGUGGAGCGAAAGUGUUUUAUACAGGAUGUUCUUAACCAGAAAUAUAAGUUAUAUUUAACGUGUUUAUUUAUUACUUCUGGUUUAUAUUGUGGCUCAAUUUUAAAAAUGUCAAUUUGUCAAAAAGUUGUUUUUAAAAAUCAUGAAAAUAUGGUUUUUAGUAUCUCUAGUAGACACACGCCGUUAAAUUAUGAAAAACAUCUAUCAACUUUUGUUUAAAUACGAACAUAUUUAUUUAUUCAUAUUUUAAAACCAUGCUUUAUUCUCGUUAUAAUAAUAUAUUGAGCUCAUGUGUAUUCAUUUGUUUUACGGCGUUUUGACCAAAGAAUACUCAUCAUCAGGAAUUUUCCUUCAUUUGGUGCUGACUUUUUUCAUAUCUGAAAUUCAAUUAUUAUUACUGACGCUUGGUAUUUAAACAUGUAUGAGUUAUAAUACAAUGCACUAUGCACCAAUGGUUUUCCGCCGGUAUCAGCUGACUGCCACUCCCCGUUGAAUGUUGUGCGGAAAUACACAAGCCUUGGAUUUUUCUUUGAAAAUUUUAUUUCCCUAAUAACUCUAGUUGGAAAGGGACAUUUUUUUUUGUAAAAUGUAUUUAGAAGCACUUCCUAUUGCCGGAAAAAGUGUUGUUGAAAAUUUUCAGUUUUAAAGGGCGAUGGUUUAUUCCGACUUGACUCAAAAUCCUCUAUCCAAUCUUGCGGUAUUUCUGCUCUAUGCUUUUGAUUCACUGCGGCGAAGUCCUUGUCGCACUCCAUAUAUGAAUGGCCUCGAAUCGGAAAUGUCAUUUGAAUAAAGUCCAAACGUUUCUGGAAAUGUUUAACAUAAUGCAAGUAUCUAAACAUAGUCCAGUUUUUAUUUUGUCCUGGGCAUGAGUCACAGAAAAUGUUUAGUUUCCUCGUUUGCUGAUUUAGAUGAUUGUACAGCAUAUGAUACAAUAACGAACAAACAUCCGAGCUUCCCUUUUUGCCUAUUACUUCUGGAUACGUAUAGAAAAUAGCUUGAUUAUCCGAUAAAAUGUGAAUAAUAAAUGUGUAAAUUGACAAUUGACGGCAAUAAUACACGUCAUUUGUGGAAAUGUUUGGAACUGGCAAGUUCUUGGCAUAAUCGAUGCAUAUUGAUUCCAUUUCCAUUGUCUUUCUACUCUCAUUCUUCGCAGCUGUUUUCCUUCUGUAAAAGGUAUCUGCUUUCCUCAAAUGAAUAUCUUUAUCCAGUUGCAGUUCCUUCAGUUCUCUGAGAAUUUCGGUAGUACUUUUUUCCGUCUUUGAGAGUUUUGAUUGAAGAUUUUGUAUUUUGACGUUUAUCUCGUCACAGAAAGAACCGGUAUCUGAACGAGGGUACCCAAAACCAAUGUUGAAGUUAUUGUUAAAAAUUUCUCAAUAGCUGUCGUAAGAUAAUUUCAUAUCAUGAUGUUUUUGUUUAAACAGUUUAUGCAUUUUUGCCACAUUUAGGUCCUACGAUAGAUACGUUUUCUUGGACUUACUUAAGCUGUAAUGGCUGCUACGGGAUUUGAAAGACGAGAUGUGCUGCUUUACACACGCAAUUAUUUCCUUGGACAGAGCAUGCUUUCUAUUUCUGUGCUUACCUCUGUUGUCAACUGGAGAAACACCUGUCAUUUUUAAUGACCUUUGAAUUGUUUGGACACGGCGCCCACUUAUUCCGUGAAUUUACAGGAACGCCUUGAAGCAUAUCUGAACGUCAGAAGUGACAUCGUCUUGCCCCAAGACUCUAACUCUAUAUUUGUAUGAUGAGAGAUUAAACUUAGUGACUUCAUUUUGCGGUUUACGGGGUCGUCGUCGCUGAAUGGGCACUACGGAAAUUAGUCCGGCAAGAUACGAGUUGGACGACAUGGACUUUCAGCGCUCUUUCCUAGUACAUCUAAUUUUAUUUCGAUUAUAACUUUGGACUGUCAUCUUUGUUUCUUCUUAUACUGUAACCCGACAAAAUAGAGGCUAUAAGCAUCGUUUUGCAUUGAAUACUUUAUUUUUCGUUAAAUGUGGACUUUCAUCUUUCUUCCCCCUGACUCUUCAUUUACUUUAUUAAAAAAUAAUUGUACAAAAAUAAUUGGAAUAUUUACUUUUGUCUUUUAAACCUAGCCUCUGUUUUAACUCUGUGUUUAUAAUUAAUUUUUUAUAUUGCUUUUUUUCUAAUGAUGUAACAUGAUUAAAAAAAAGAUGUCCUUGUUUUUUACUAAACAUUUAAUAUGUAAAAUUACUUUGAUUGAUGUGUUAAUUUUCUUUGAUCAACUUUUCACACAAUUUUCAUUCAUUAAGCUAUGUGUGGCCAUAAAAAAUGUCGAAGCAUUUAUAACACCAAUUAAUCUUAUUUCAACUAGUCUCAUCCAACAUAAAAAACUUGAAAUCAGUAUUAAUAUCUAAACUUACAAAUAAAUAUUAUUCAAUAAAAAAACUUUGCAUAAUUUAAAUGAAAAUAAAACGAUAGAGUUUCAAAAGGAAGAAACACUGUAAGAAAUAGUCUGGCAAUGCCGCAGAUAAAAAUAUGAUUCGAGGAUUAGUACUAGAUCUUCCUGUAUUUAGGGACUAAAUUGAGAAACCUCUAUUUAAAGUGUUAGUAGGUAGGUAACCAAUUUUGAAAAUUAUAUUAUUUGAUAAAUAAUUAGAGCCACAUUCGAAGACCGGAGUAAUAAUGAAAUAUGUUAAUUUAAGUUGAAUGACCUGUAUAAAAAUAUAAACUACUAUAUUUUUAAGAUAUUUGUAUAUUAAUUAUUUCGAUUGCCAUUAGUUUGUAUUUUGGUUUUGAGACAACCACAUAUAACAGUUUAAAAUGCUCACAUUUUAUAUGAUCUCAUUUAUAAAAACGCUGAUUGAAGUACAACAACCAAAACAUAAACUACUAUAUUUAAAAAAAAACUAAUUUAAUUUUAAGCAGUACAAAUGACUUGAUCUCGAAAUAUUUAAUAUUGAAAGAAAUACAAUUUUUUCUUAUAAAAUUCUUGUCGAAAGCAACAAAUGUCAACAAAAGUAUUUUUUUUUUUGUAAGGUUAUUGUUAGGUAUUUUUUUAACCAUUGUUAACUACUUUUACUACUUUAUGGAGGGAAUUUUGAUUCUUAAAAAUGUGCUUGACAGCUGUCACCUUAAGAUACCUUAGAUUUUUCCCGUAGUACAUUUUUACUGCCCGUAUUUUUUUUUAUCAUAGUCUGUUACUAAAUACUCUUAUUAUUUACCAUAAAAUUAAUAAACAGAUACCAAAUUAAGUCUCAAAAACAAAAUACAACCAAAAAACUUAAAUAAGGUUGUAAUUAGAUAAUAAUAUUUUUUCUGAAUAACUUUAUUAUUCAGAAAACGUAUAUCAUAAAAGGUUGUGGUUAAUUAAUGAUGGCAAUAUGGCAACCGGAAGAAUUAAAGAAAUAAAACCGAUUUUUGUACCAUUUUAGGUAAAAAUAUUAACACAUUUAUAUUUAGUUUUGUACUUCCUUAAUUGGAAUGAAUUUUAAACAUGCUAGCAGUUAGUAAGUUUGUUUACUUAAUUUUUCAUUUUUGUUAACUUAAGCUUUUAGUUUUAUGUUUUCUUUUAAGGUAACUAUUCCGAAAUUGUGGCAGCAAUUAGUGUUUAAAUCUCAAACAUUAAAAAUUGUCGAAUUUUUUCAACUUCUUGCCUUAUACGCUGAUUUUUUUAAAAACUUUUACAUGUUAUAUGUGUUACCUCUACAUAUCUUGAUAUUUACGUAAUUGUAACUAUUAUUAGGCCACUUAUUCUGAAUGAUUUUGGAUGCGUUAUAUUUGCUAUACUUAUUAUACAAUGUUCUUCUUUUGUACAUUAAGUUUACGUAAGUCAUAUCAUAUUGAUGUAAAUUUUUUGCUCGAUGAUAUACCGUUUUUAAUUCGAUUGGCUUCGAGUGUCGUAUUCGGUGCUCAGACUGAUUUCGAUAUUAUUGUAUGUUAACUUGUUUGUCUUUUGUUUCUUUUUUGUAAAGUCACAAAUGUUGUAGCACAUGACGAGUAAGAGAUCUUGAAAAUAAAGAACAAAGCUAGAUUUUA